GCAAAGACCUUUUCUCCGCAGCGUGGGCAAGGCCUUACCCUCGAUUUGCGGCUCGCGGCUGUCGCGAUCACCUGGAUCGCUGCCAUCGUCGCCGUGCAGACCACCACACCCAGCUGUAUGGUCUGGCUGGCCGAUGCCCGCGCCGCCUACCCGCAGCUUGCCGGGACGGCCUCCGCCUUUGGGAUCUACGCUGCCUCGGAUGCUCUCUCGCAGGUCGUGACCCACCGAGGCGGCGUCGACCUCCGCAGAAGGAGCGGCGCUGCCGACAGCGGCAUGGGCCAGGAGUCGAGGCUCCGCGGCGGCUCCGACUCCGCGCCCGCGACGCUGGACGUGCGGCGGAUGCUCCGGUCUGCCUCCUGCAGCGCGCUGCUGUCCGGCUGGCUCGCAGUGCACUACUUUCGUGCGCUCGACUCGCUGGUCCGGCUGCCGGGCUGGGCUGCAGCUGCGCCGGGCGCCGCCGGCGUCCUGUACGCGUGCCUCCCCGCCCUCGGCAAGGUGCUCUUUGACAUCGCCGUGUACGAGCCGGUGUACGACGCAGUCUACCUGAGCCUGCAGGGCCUGCUGCGCGGAGAGAGGCUCGCUCCGCGCGAGCUGCUGUCUGCGGUGCUCGCUGUGUGGCGCAGGGCGCCCUACUACUGGGCUCCGGCGGACAUCAUCAACUUCUCCCUCGUCUCGACGCGGCUGAGGCCACUCUACAACGCGGUCGCCUCGAUUCCGUGGAGCAUGCACUUGUCCCAGUCCGCAAACGCUUAGACCGAAGAUGUGUGUCGUCUCUCCUUUUGCUCUCUGUGAUAUCGAGACGUGUGUACCGCUCC